ACACCUGCUUUGCCACCACGUCCUCAGGAGGAUCCACGCAUCACGAAUCUCAAGGGCAUGUUCCCGGACUUUGAUACGGAGACUCUGCAAGCCAUUCUCCAGUCCGUGAACUGGGACGAAGCUCGUGCGAUCGAUACGCUUCUAGGCAUGAGCGAUCCGGACUUUAGGCCUCAAGAGCAGCCAACGGCUCCCCGCUCGCAAACCGACUUGGACGAGGAAUUCGCACGCCGUCUUAUGCUCGAGGAACAGCAGCAACAUGAAGCCGCGUGGGCCGCUCAACAAGGCGACGGAGAACACACCUGGCAAGCUGCGCAACCCGCUCAGGGGCAGCAAUGGCAACGCCGGGAGGACAGACGAAGGCGGGAUUCCUACGACGACGGCGCGUGGGAGCGACCGGAGAGGCAGGCUGGCCAGGGCGAUUUCGCGGAGAUCCAAGAGCAGUUCAGCAAGAUCGCGGAGACGGGCAAGAAGACCUUCAACUCGCUGUUCAACAAGGUUAAAGCCAAGAUCAACGAGUAUGACACCGGACGACCAGGCCAAGGAUCGGGUCAGGACGCUGCCCCGAACUGGGGUACAGCCGGUACGGACCAGCAGUACCAGCCUCCGGCGCAACCUCCAGCAGGCCAACAGUCGUACUAUGCGCCUUCCUCUGCUUCACCUCCCUCGGCUCCUGUGCAUGGUUACGAUCUUGGUCCAGGAAGCCCUCCACGAUCUGGUGUUGCGCCAAGCAGCGCUCCCGGAGCCAAACUCGGACCCGGUAGCCCCCCGAGGAGCGUCUCAUCGCCUUCCAACGACGCUUCACGCCCGCCGACCAGCACGGGCCCUCCUACUUCCAGCAUCGAUCCCACCAAGAUCGGCUUACUCCCGAAGAAACCGGUUUCGCUGCUGCGCGAUCCGCAAUCGCAGCGGCAACCAACCGAAGAUGACGAUGAUAUGUACGCUUCACCUGAAGAACCGGACGCGAACACCGCGAAGCCCUCGACGCACGAUGCAUAGUCACUUGAAGGUGGGAAUGAAAUGUCGUUCGAGUGAUAAGGCGACUGGAUUGAUUAAGAACGAUAAGUGUUACGCUAUGCUUGAUGUUGCAUGAUAUGGGCCAGGGCUGCUCCUCGUUUGUAGCGUAGGAAACGUGUACGCGACGUCUGGUUAAUGAAGUGUUGUAUGUACAAGAUGAUAUCCAUGACUCGACAUCAGGUCAC